GCGAGAGAUCCCGGCUGCUGGCGCUGAGCUGCCGCUGCUGCUGAGGGGAAGGAGGAAAACAUCAUGAGCUCCAGGAAAGUGAUGGCCAUCCAGGCCCGAAAGAGAAGGCCGAAGGGGAAAAAAGACAAGGCAGUCCACGGAAAGAGGCCUGAGACCCAGCAAAAAGCCCCAGUGUCUGCCCCCCCUCUCCCGCCGCCACCUCCACCCCCUCCUGAGCCGGCUGUCCCCCCAGAGCCAGAGGAGGAGAUCCUAGGCUCUGACGAUGAGGAGCAAGAGGACCCCGCAGACUACUGCAAAGGUGGAUACCAUCCGGUGAAGAUAGGGGACUUGUUCAACGGGAGGUACCACGUAAUACGCAAGCUGGGCUGGGGUCACUUCUCCACCGUGUGGUUGUGCUGGGACAUCCAGGUGAAGAACUUUGUGGCGAUGAAGGUGGUGAAGAGUGCUCAGCAUUACACAGAGACAGCCCUGGAUGAGAUCAAACUGCUCAGAUGUGUGAGAGAGAGUGACCCCUCUGACCAAAACAAAGAAAUGGUGGUUCAGCUGAUAGACGACUUCAAGAUCUCUGGAAUCAACGGAAUACAUGUGUGUAUGGUAUUUGAGGUUCUGGGGCACCAUCUUCUAAAAUGGAUCAUCAAGUCCAACUACCAGGGCCUUCCUCUACCCUGUGUCAAGAGUAUUAUCAAACAGGUUCUGCAGGGCUUGGACUACCUCCACAGCAAGUGUAAGAUUGUCCACACGGACAUCAAGCCGGAGAACAUCCUGAUGUGUGUGGACGAUGCGUUUGUCCGCCGCAUGGCCGUGGAGGCCACAGAGUGGCAGAAGGCCGGGGCACCCCCGCCCUCUGGAUCAGCAGUCAGCACAGCACCACAGGUCAAAUCGGUGGGGAAGAUCUCGAAGAACAAGAAGAAGAAGCUGAAGAAGAAGCAGAAACGUCAGACCGAGCUGUUGGAGAGACGCAUGCUGGAGAUCGAGGCCCUGGAGAAAGAGGCUGAGAAACAGAGGGCCACAGAGGGCCCCGAAGGUGAGGGGUUGACCCACUCCCCAAAACACACACCCCGCAACGCGGCACUGGGACCCGCCGUCGCACUGGGUGAGAGCGAUGACGACGAUGAUGACGAUGAAGAGGAUGGAGACGAGGAGGAGGAAGGAGAGGCGGAGAGGGAGAGGCCCACCAGGCUAACCAAUCACACCUGUGCUGCCCUGCCCCAGGAGCAGUCAGAGGUUCCCCCCACGCCAGAGGCAGCAGCAGAGCCGGAGGGGGAGCCCACCCCCAGCCCUGCUCCAGAGACAGAGACACAGACCCCCACACCCACCCCCACCACACCUGGGGAUGGCAACACAGCCAAUCCAGAGAGCGAGGCGGAGGAGGAGGACGAGAAGGAGGAUUGGAAAGAGGCCGUAAAGGAAGAGGAAGAGGAGGAGGAGGAUGGGGAAGAUGACGAAGAGGAUGAAGAGGACUUGGUUACAGCUCCGUCCGAGCCACCGCCGGCGUUAGAGAAAGAGGAGAAGGAGAGGAGGACAGAGGAGGAGGAGAAGAGUGAGGAGACCAAGGAGCAGGAAACGGACAAAGAGGAAGAGGACGAUGACGACGAUGAUGACGAUGAUGAUGAUGAAGAAGACGAUGACGCCGAUGAAACAGAGACGGGCGCUAACGACCUCAGCAACUCCAUCUCCACCGCCACGGGCCAGAACAACAACACCCCCAAAACCAACGGCCACGUCCUACUGGGGGGUGAGGAGAGAGAGAGGGAGAGAGGUCCCAGAGCCAACCAUCCGGUCCCUACCUCCUCCCCCAUCCAUCUGCACUGCCCCCUGGUGGAGUCAGAGUUCAGCUGCACGGACAGGGACCUCAGCUCCUUCUAUGAGCUCUUCAACGGCGAGGUGGUUACGCCAGGCCUGACCAACGGGGCGCAGCGCCACAGGGGCACGGCGCCACGCUUCCCCGAGUUGCCGCUGGACCCCGACCCGGGAAUCCCCGUCACAGUGGGCGGAGCUGGUCACACAGGGGGUGCGACCUCCCCUCACAGCCCCACUGCAGACCGCAGCCGUACUGUGUCGUUGUCUAGCACCGGGGACAUGCCUAAAGAUGAUGUGGUUCUAGCCAAGGCCAAAGCAGCAGACCUGCUGGUUAACCCCCUGGACCCCCGCAACGCUGACACACUCCGAGUCAAGAUAGCUGACCUGGGCAACGCCUGCUGGGUGCACAAGCACUUCACAGAGGACAUCCAGACCAGACAGUACCGCUCCAUAGAGGUCCUGAUAGGAGCUGGCUACAGCACUCCUGCUGACAUUUGGAGCACCGCCUGCAUGGCGUUUGAGCUGGCUACAGGAGACUACCUGUUUGAGCCCCACUCUGGGGAGGACUACUCCCGGGAUGAGGAUCACAUCGCUCUGAUCACGGAGCUUCUGGGGAAGGUUCCACGCAAAGUGGUCGCCGCCGGGAAGUACAGCCGAGAGUUUUUCUCCAAGAAAGGUGAGCUGAGGCACAUCACCAAGCUGAAGCCCUGGUCCCUGUUUGAUGUGUUGGUGGAGAAGUACGGCUGGGCCCCUGAGGACGCCGGCCACUUCACCCACUUCCUGCUGCCCAUGCUGGAGAUGGUCCCCGAAAAGAGGGCCUCGGCUGGGGACUGCCUCAGCCACCCCUGGCUCAACUCGUAGCGACACCAGCCCCCCCUAGUGGCAGCCUCCACACACUGCUCAAAGCUAGGCACUCAAGACUGGAGCGAGAGGGAGAGGAGGGAGGAGGAGAGGGAAAUGGGAGACUUUCUCGGGUCCUGCCCUGCCUCGCCCUGAGCCCUCCACACACACACACACACACACACAUGCAAAACAAACACCCACAGAGCCUCAGCAGGUAGAAACCACAAGGCUGUCAUAGACCAGAUAGAGAAAAGCUGCUCCUCUGCGGUCAUCCCCAUAAGUCCCAUACAACCCCUCACAGGAGGAAUAGAGCGGCCCAGGAAUGGAGUUGAACGGAGUCAAACUUCCACGAUUCUAGACAGGUAGGACAGAGAUCCCUGCACAACAUUGGGAGCAGCCAUGGUCAGGACUGUGUCUUCCAAGACAUAUCCUACUUAGAAAGACCAUGCAGUCUGAACAGAAACUAACCCGCUCAUAUGAAUGGGUUCUCUGCAAUGUCCUGAGCAGUCUUAUCCUGAACCUAGACCUGUCCUCCACCCUGGGUUUCCUAUUGGAAGUCAAUUAGCACCUCUAUCAGAAUGCUGACUGUGUGAUAGCUCCAUCUGCCUGACCUUACAACAGCACGGCCUAAACCUGCUGAGGCAGAAGUGUGUGUAUGUGUGUGUGUGUUAUUAGUCUGGGUCUGCACUGCACAUUCUGUAGGUGUGUAUGUACGUCCCUCUCCUACAAAGGCGCAACAAGACUUCCAGAUUAGGAGUCGGCCCUUCACCCUACUCCUCCUCUCAUCCCUCUCCAGCCACUGCCCCCUCCCUCACUCUGUAGGAGUACUGUGCCCCCCCCUGUCCAGGACUGAAGCAGUGUUGUUGAACUGUUUACAUCCCCCCCAAAGCCCCAGUCCCCUGCCCUGUUCAGCCACCCAGCCAACAACACAGCUCCAGUCCCAUCCCCGGCCACCAGGGUGCCCCAGAACUGAACUGCUACCAUACAGACAGACAUACAGGCAGACAGGGCACGGAACAAACAAAGAUCCUAAAGACUGAUGCUCGAUGAACCGGACUGCUUGAUCUGUAAAGAGUUUAACUGUCGUGAAAAGGAGUGAAGUGUACGGAGAGGCUGAUUGACAGGAAGGGAUGAUGAUGGUAAUGAUGGACGAGUUGUACAUUUCAUUGGUUUGUUGUUUUAGUUUUCUUCCUGUCUUUUUAUUUCAAAAGCGAAAGGAGUCACUUGCGUUUACCUUUUGGUGCCCCGUGUGAGGUUAUCCAAGUUCCCUUGUUUCCUUUUUCGAAUCCUUCCUCCCUUUGACAUUCCUGAUUCAGUCACACCAUUCCUGACCUCUUUUCGUCUUUAUCCUUAAAACAAGAACAAUCCUAUGAGUCCAUGUGGCGUGGCACGUUUACCAGAUAUGAUUAUUCCCCCUUGUAACCUACAGAGGAAACCCUCAAACUUGAUCCUGAGCUUCUCCAGAAGGGGUUAGUCAAAUGGAGGUUGCACUUGUCUUUGUAGAUGUUGUUCAGGGAUAUAUCUUUGUACAUAACUCUGAGAUCCGGCUCUGGAGAUAAGACCGACGUACAGAAUUGGAAAAAAAUCACAUGCAUCAUUCCUAAAAGAGGCUGUCACAUGGACAUGGAUCUGUCCUCCAGAGCAGACAGUGGCGAGAGGCUGAGCCAUUCUGGAGGCCACCAGAAUAUCGAACUGUGCCACUCUGUGGCUGAUGAGGGUACUGCGUUCCUGCACACUGCAGCGCCUCUCAGUGCCAAUGCUCCUACGUUCCACUCCACUUCUCUCUCUCACACUCAUCACAAUUAGUCCAGUUGCCUAUUUUUCGCAAAUAAAAUAAAAAUGAGUAUAAGUAAAUGGUGAGAUAUUUUUAAAAAUAUUUAAUUAAUUUAAAGAAGAAAAAAAAAGAUACAAAAAUUAUCUGGUUGUUGUGAAAGUGACCGAAUCUCGUCCUAUUGAGGUGAUUGUGUUUGUCUGUUUUAGAGAUGUUAUUUCUUUUGUAAUUAUUAUUGUUAUAUUAUUAUUACUGUAAUUAAUCUGAUUCGUUAUUUUUUACUCAGUUGUCACCUCUUCCUCCCCUCUUACAUGAACAGGGCUGCUCUGUUUGGACUUGUGACGGUGAUGAAAUUUAUCAAACAUUUUUGCAAUAAUAGUAAAUUAUGAUUUUUUUGCACCAAAAGCUCCUGAUCUCACUCUCAGCCAUGCUGACUGUUCUUCCUGACAUCGACAGAAUCGUGUCUCUUUUCUGUGUUUUUCAUUGACAGAUUUAAUAAAAUUGUA